AUGAACUUGAUAUAUAUUAUAAAUAGUUUAUUUUUGAUAUCUAAAAUAUAGUUAUUUUCACUAAGUUAAUAUUAAAGUAUUUAUUUAAAAAUUCUUACUUAAAGACUAACAAAAAAUAUCUGUUUAUUAUUUUCAAACUUUUAAAGAAUAUUAAAAAAUGGUAAUUUAUUUAUUUAAAAUUUUCAGAACUAAUUGCCAAUAAAUUUAAAGGAUAUAAAUUAGUUGAUGGAAUAUCAAAAUAAGAAAAAAAAAGGAAGAAUUUUAUUCAACUUCUUUCUUAAACUCAAAUAGCAAUGAAUAAAAUGUGGGAAGAUUUACUCUAAUCAAUCGAAUAGAUUUAUGAUCUAAUUGAAAAGGAAGAUUUAUCUUAUAUUGAUCUUCUGGAAAGAAAUGAAAAUUUGGCAGAAUCUUCAUACACAGAUUUGGAAAAAUUAGUUUAAAUCUUAGAUGGAAGAAAUUUAGAUUAGUGGGAUAUUUAAAAAAAUUGUUAUUUAAUUUAAUUAAAAAAAGUUAAGAAUUAAUUAAACUAAGAGAUAAGCACUUUUAGCAAUAGAGUUAAACAAUAAAUGAAAGAGAUCUCUUAGAUAAUUAAGUAAUUAAUAAAAUAUAAAUUUAUUUAGAAUUAAACCUGAAGGUGCUUUCGAAUGGAAGGAGGAAAUCAAAGAGAUGAAAGGUUUCAUUUGGGAUGUUAGUUAUCAUAGAUUUAUUUAGACUGAAUUCUCAAUAGUUUUCACAAAAAAUAAGGAAAUACUAUAUCUAUAAGAUGAUUAAAUCUUAAGGAAGUAAUUUUUUUAUCGAAAUAAUUAGUGAUUAAAUUUAAGACACUUCUGUUUAACCUUAAGUUUUGACCAAUCUAGAGUAAAUUAAGUAUCUCAAAUGGACUGGAAGCUAUGGAAAGAAUAACUUAAAGGUAGGAAGAUGGACAGCUAGUUGGAAUGGUCAGACUCUAAAAGAUGUUGGAGGCGACUAUUAAUAAGAUGGUAAAAAGUCAGGCCCAUGGAAAGAACUAAUAAAAAAUUAUUGGAGGUUUGUAUUUAAUAAAUUAGAAAAUAGUAAAGCAUAAGUAUAUGAGAUUGGAUUAUAUGACAACGAUAAGAGAAAGGACAUAUGGAAUAUUAUCUUCUAAGAAAAAUAAAUGUAUUAAAUUGAUUAAAGUAUUCUAUAGUGGUGGAGGAGAAUACAAUUAACAAGGGUAGAGACAAGGAAAAUGGAUUGAGAUAUCAGAGAAUUUUUUCGAGUAUGCAUAAAUCACUUAUAUUGGUGAAUAUAAUAUAAAAGGUAUGAAGGUCUGUAGAUGGGAUAUUUUUUUUUGUGCACCUUAUGGAAAGUAGGAAUAUAAAUAAAUGUAAAUAAUAUAUAAGUAUAGGUGCAUAAUAAAAUGUUAGUGGUGGUGGAUCAUAUGCUGAGAAUGAAGGUUAGAUAAAGAUUGGAAAGUGAAGAGUGUUGGGACGGGUUUAAAGAUGAUAAAUAAGUCACUUAUAAUGGUGAGUAUAACUUUAAAGGUAUGAAGAUUGGCAGAUGGGAUAUUAAUUAUUGUAAAUAUACAGAGUAGGAAUAUAAAUGGAUGUAAGUAUUAUAUAAGUAAAGCCGAAUAACAUGUUUUAGUGGUGGUGGAUCAUAUGGUGAGGGAGAUGAUUAGAUUAAGAUUGGGAGAUGGGUAGAGUUAGAUGAAGAAUUUGAGAGAGGGAAGUAAAUCACUUAUAAUGGUGAAUAUAAUAUAAAAGGUAUGAAAAUAGGUCGAUGGGAUAUAAAUUAUUGUAAAUAUAACGAGUAGGAAUAUAAAUAAAUGUAAAGAUUAUAUAAGUAUAGGCGCAUAAAUAUGUUAGUGGUGGAGGAUCAUAUGCUGACUUAGAAGGUCAGAUUAAGAUUGGGAGUUGGAUAGAGUUGUGGGAAGGGUUUUAGACUGAUGCUUAAGUCAUUUAUAAUGGUUAAUAUAAUAUGAAAGGUAUUAAGAUAGGUAGAUGGGAUAUUUGUUAUUGUGCACCUUAUGGAAAGGAAUAUAAAUAAAUGUAAAUAAUAUAUAAGUAUAGGUGAAUAAUAAAAUGUUAGUGGUGGUGGAUCAUACGCUGAGGGAAAGGGUGAGAUUAAGAUUGGAAAGUGGAUAGAGUUGUGGGAGAGUUUUAAAAGUUUAGCUUAAAUUACUUAUAAUGGUGAAUAUAAUUUAAAAGGAAUUAAGGUAGGAAAAUGGAAUAUUAAAUUUGAUGAGAAGAGAGAUGGAAAAUAUAAAUAAAUGUAAUUUAGGUGAUUAGAGUAUAUUAGUGGUGGGGGAUCAUAUGCUGAGGGGGAUGAUGAAACUAAGAUUGGAAAAUGGACGGAAGUAGGAGAUUAAUGGUGGAAUACAUAUAAUGGUGAAUAUAAUUAGAAAGGUAUAAAGAUAGGUACAUGGGUGGUAAUAAAUAUAAAGAAAAAUGAGAAACAGGGUGAAAAGAAAUAUGAUAAUUGAAAAGAAAAUGAG